UGUUGCGAGCCACCUCGUCGCCUCUCUGCUGCUGAAAACUGCUCUCGUGUUCCUUGUGCACUGCACUCUGCACACACCCACCACGCGAGCAAAACCCUCUUUCUCCCAUUCUCCGCCCCUCACCGCGGCGAACUUGCGAUCGAGGGAGGAAUCCACCAAAUGGGUCACGUGGAGAGGCAGCCAGCGAACCCUAGUAGGCUCGCCCCCACCUCCCACCCGGCGCGGGCGCGGGCGCCGCCCCCGCCUCCGACGACGCCGGCUGCGCGCCGCCCCGGCACGCCACGGAAGGCUGCGCAGGGCACAGUUUGUGCAACAUGUGUUUGCGGUUCAGGAAAUAACGCCUGCUGUCAGUGCAAGCAACACUCAAGAUCCAGACAUGACCAAAUGCACCACGGUGAUGAGGCAACAUCCACAACCAAGGGAAUUGUAGAACCAGACUCUCAAGAUAAGCUCAAGAUGGCUAGAUUUUCUGGUGGUACAUAUUCAAAACCUGAUGGAAGAGUGAAGCUGAUUCCUGCAGAAGAAAUUACCUAUUCACAGCAUCGGAAACCAUAUGGUAGAACUGUUGGGUCAGCUGGGUCACAGAAAAAACAUUGCAGACGAAGUGUCACACCACCUCCAAGUUCACGUAGAGUAUCUCUUCUGGGAUCCAGAUCGCUCGCUCAAAAUCCUAUGCCAUCAGUGUCAUCCUAUGACUCUUGUUUACCCCAUAAGAGGCUUCAGACAGCUGAAAAUAGGGACCCAUGUGCUGGGGGGCACAUAAGUAGCUCUGUCACUCACUGCAUUUCUUCUUUGAAGAACCUUGCAUCACCAUGUAGCAAAUCCUCACAGCCUUUGAGUACUAAUUUGAAUACUGAUGCUAUUCCUAGAAAUCUAGACAGAAUGGUCAGUACACAAGCACUUGCCAGGAGCUCCAGUUCAAGUAUUUUGCAUUCUCAAGGCCAGAACAGUGAGAAGGUGUCCCCUAGUUUGCCAAAAGAGGUAGUGGCAAAUCCUAUGUCUCCUAGUCCCAAGCAAAUUGGUGCUCCACAUCCAAGUGACAAUCCUCUUGUUACAAAGGCAGGAACCUCUAAGAGUGUGUGCACACCUGAGAGUGGAAAGUUGUGCAGUAGAGACAUCAAUUUAACUACAACAAGUACUACAGUUCCUGUCUUGCAAGCUCCUAUUGUGGAGCCUGCAUUGCUAAGUCCAACAUCUGUGCUUAGUGAAAGGAAAGUUGAGGUUUAUCCUGAUACAAGAACUGCUGCUCCCAUCAUACAGGAACGUAGUGUGAAGCCUGUGUUGCUGACCCCAAUACCUGUGCACCGUGAAUCUUCCACAGAGUGCCAAAAGGUUCCUCCAAAACACAACGCGCAGUCCAUUCCUUCUGCGCAACAUGGUGCAGCGUCGCAAGAAAGAAACUCAGGGUCAUCAAUUAGCCAUGGCAGAUCUUCAGAAUCUCGUCAUAACAUGGAUAUUCUGGAAACAGGUCCAUCAUUAAUCUUGCAUAUGAAGCUGCACAACAAACAUUAUCAAUCAGAAGCCUGCUGGAAGGGCAACUUUCAUGUUACUGAAGGACUGAUACAUACUUGUGAUGGAAUUGAAGCUCAUUUCCCUUUAGAAAUUUCUGUUGGAGUUUAUAAAGCUUCAAACCAAAUGCCUGAAAUUUUAAAUCUAGAGGCUGUACCUCUUUCCCAGCUGUGGCCAAAAAAAUUCAAGAUGGUACCCCCCGACAGUGAGGAUAUUGGACUAUGGUUUAUGAGCAGUCACCAAAGACCACACCGGAGUUUUGAUCAGCUUCUUGAAAAAGUUUGUUCACAUGGCCUUGGCCUGUUCACCAAAAUUGGUGAUACUGAAUUGGCAGUGUUUUCAUCGAAGUUGCUUACACCACAAGAUCAGAGAAAAAAUGGCAAAUUAUAUUUUUGGGGUGUUUUUGGGAAGCGUAUCAGGAAGAAGACAUGUCAGAAGCGUAUCAGGAAGAAGACAUGUCAGCCAAACAGUCAUAUAAAAAAUGCGGAGAUUGGCAAUCCCAGUCAACCAAAUGACUCAUGUAACAAAUAUGAGGAGGUAGGCAUGAAAUUGGAUGUGACAAAAGGCAAAGAAAAAGAGAGGGCUGAAGCUGAUAUUGGCAUGACAUUGGGUGCAAAUGGAGGCAAUCCAACAGAUGUCACAGGAAAUAGAGAGACAGUUAGGGACAAUUAUGAGGGUGUUGCCAAGGUAUUGGAUUUAACAGGAGGCGAGGAUUCUGAUAGGGUCAAUGACUGCAUGGCGGUGCUUGGAACUCUUGAUUCAAACCCUGCAUCCAGUUGCUCAGUUCCUGCUGCUUCUUUUCUUGACAGAUGUCGCCAUCAUGACUCUGCGAAAAAUAGCACUUCUAUCUUAGAAGAUUCUGCAUGUCAGCCUGCUGACAGAUCUUUGGUUAGCCCAGACCUCAUGCUGGACAUACCUCCUGAAUUUUCUCCUGUACCUCCUGGCUUCACAAAAGCUCACUCUCAGCUUCAGAUCGGAACUGCUGCUCUGUCUUGUGCUAAUGUGCCUUCCAGUCUAAUUUUGGACAUUCCUCCAGGAUUUCCUACAGACAUUCCUCCAGGCUUUACUGAAGCUCAUCGCGGACUCCCUCCUGCAAUUUCACCUGCUGGACCAGCUUGUGUUUCGACCCCUGGGACUCAAAAGAAGCCCUUCAUUAGGUUCUCUCUUAAUGUCCCAAGGCCUGUUAAAAUGGGAGUUCCAUUUGGAUUUACUCCACUACAUGCAGUGAAGAAAGAGCCUGGGCUGACUGCUGUCGAGGAGACCACACAUAAGCCCACACUAUAUUCUUUGGCAGCUGCUGCAUCUGCAGUGGUAAAGCCUGGGAAAGGAGAUGAAAUGAAAAUCGUAGACAGUGAGGUAAAAAUUGAAGAUGAAAAUUCAGAGGAGCGAGAGUUUCCAAAGAUCAGGCGGCUUUCGGACCUGUACCGUGGGCCUUCACCUUCAGACAGCAGUGAAAUUUCCAGGCCUAUGCCUGCACGGUUGCCCAACAAGUUUCUGGAGCAGACACCCGUGAAACAGAUGCAUCAGAGAAAGAGUUUGUGUCAAGCAUCUCGGGGGCCUUCUCCUGCAGAAACCGCCAUAAAAAAGUCGAACGUGAAUGGUCGAAUUGCCUUGAACAAAGGCGCAGGUCACGGGAAUGGUGAGGCGAGAUGCGUCUGUGCAUCCAUCGGAGGUCGGGCGGCGAUGCCUACAAAAGGAGGGCCGUUUGCAGCAUCGGCAGGUGGUCAUCUCGAUAACGAGAGCAUCUCCUGUAGGUGCAUUGUAUGUGGUGAAGAGUUCCCCGCACAGUGA